AUGCAGAUCAACAGUGGAAAGAUACUAGGAAUACAGUUAGACAUGCGCCAAAGCCCAGAUCCGGAAGAGGUGGCCGCCCUGGGCGCCGAGUGGUCGCACCUGGACCCUGCGCAGUUCGGCGUCACGUGGGUCGUGAUGCCGGACGGCGACAACAGGCCGCGCGUCGCCAUGCUCACGCCUCCCGACGACACGUCGCGCUUCUUCACUUCCGCCAGCGCCGACGACGUCGGCUUCCACCUCUACACCAGGAAGAACCGCCACUCGUCGCAGCGGCUGGUGCCUGGAGAUAAGAAGCGCCUCAGUCACAGCCCCUUCGACCCGGAGAAGGAGACGAAGUUCAUAGUGCACGGCUGGAUGUCGUCGCUCAACAGCACCACCGUGCAGAACCUCAAGGAUGCGUACCUGAAGGCCGGCGACGUGAACGUGGUGGCGGUGGACUGGGGCAGCCUGGCUUCAUCGACGCUGUACCUGGGGCCCAAGUGGAACACGUGGCAGGUAUCGGAGAGUGUGGCAGACCUGGUACGCUUCCUGGAGGACACAGCAGGUGGGAAACGGGCGCGGAUGCACGUGGUGGGGCACAGCCUGGGCGCGCACGUGGCCGGACAGACGGGACACCGCCUCGCAAAGGACGGCGGCCGCAUCGCCAGGGUCACUGGGCUGGACCCGGCGAUGCCGGGCUUCCUGUGGGUGGAGUCUGAGGAUGGCCGUCUGGACGCGUCGGACGCUGACUUCGUGGAUGUGGUGCACACGUGUGGCGGCGUGCUGGGCUACUCCAGCCGCCUGGGACACGCGGACUUCUUCCCCAACGGUGGCACGCCAUUCCAGCCUGGCUGCGGCGGACUCGUCGAGAUCGCCCAGGCGUGCAGCCACGCUCGCGCCCACGAGUUCUUCGCGGAGUCCAUCACGGCUCCCGGCGACGCCUUCCUGGCCGUGCCCUGCGACUCGUGGGACAGCUACAAGGAGCGCAAGUGCCGCGGCCAGCCUGUGCCCAUGGGCGAGCGCGUCCCCCGCACGUAA